CCACGGUAAAGAUGGAGGACAACGUCCCGGACCUGAGCAGACCUCAGAUGUAUUUGUUCGGUUGCUGGCUGAGGUCGGACAAAAAGGAGUUCAGGUUCGAGGUGGAGGACGACGAGACGGAGCAGCAGCUGUCACUCAAAACCGUAUGUGUGGGCUCUGAUGCUGAGGAUAAGUUCCACGUCGUGGAAAUAGAGGGCGUCACUUACGAUGGAAAGAGGACCAAAGUCCCACUGGUUGCCCUGAAGCCGUCUGUCCUACCCUCUAUGAGUUUGGGUGGAUUUGAGAUCACCCCACCUGUAACCUUUCGUCUUCAGUCUGGCUCUGGCCCCAUCUACAUCAGUGGACAGCAUUUUGUUAGUGUGAGAGACUCAGAUGAUGAUGAAGAGGAGAACAACUCAUCACCUGUGAAGAGGCCUGCAAACCUGAAGUCGAAGAAACCUUCACCUAAAAAACUAAAAAUGGACUCAGAUGACGAAGAAGAGGACAGUGAUGAAGAUGAUGAUGAUGAAGAGGACGACGACAAUGAAGAAAGUGAUGAAGAUGAUGUGAAGACGCAGAAGAACUCAGCAAAACAACCCAAAAAGACCCCGGAGCCUUCGCUGAAGAAGCCCAAGACUGCGGUGAAACAAAAUGGCUCCCCAGGAAAAGCGGGCGGCUCAGCAGUUGGCAAACCUCAGAAUAAGACACCUCCUGCAGGAAAAGGGAAGACCGAGGCUGGCACAUCCAAAACUCUGUCUUUUGCUGACAUCAAGGACAAGUUGGCAUUGGCAGCUAAAGAGGGGAAACCGCUACCGAAGACGGAGCAGAAGUUUGAGAACUUUGUCAAAAACACCUUCAGGCUCUCAGAUAAAGAGGCGGUCAAGAACCUUUGGAGCUUUGUACAAACGCUGAAGGUUGAGAAGAAGUAAGACAUUUGUUUUUGUAUUUUUGAAAACCUCUACAUUUUUUUUUUUUUUUUUGGUUUUUGUUUUUUUGUGUCAGCAAGAAGUUUAAAGGCACAGUCAGCGAGGUUUCCUGUUCAAAAACUUUGUUCUCUUACUCCAGCAAAGUAAAGAAUGACGAGAGUGCCCAGGUUGGACAAAACCGCUUGAUGCAUCAAUUCAAGCCCUAGGUUUUUAUUUCAGUUUGCUUUUAUGCAAUAGGAGAUAUUGCAGAAUGUGCCUUUAAAUCACUCUACUGUAAAUGGAGAUGAGUGGAGUCCUAUUUUUUGUGAAUUUGAAUGUUGGUGUGGAUUUUUUUUUUUUUUUUUUUUUGCGCAAGAGCGGAGUCAUCAGCCAACAUAACGCAGUACUACAAAACCAGCGGGUGUACCGUGUGGUCUGGGUGUGUUACCGACAUCACCGCUGAUUUCUUCAUGUUUCCUCCCUUUUACCGCUACCCACCAUAUUCUUUGAACGCCUCUUCAUGCCAUGCCUUGCCCUAAUAGCAUGGACUCACUGGACAGUGUUUGUUUGUCAGCAAACUUCAUUCAUAUACAGUCGCCAUGGGAACAUCUUUGAAAUGACACAUUACAGCAUUAUGCAGCCUUUAUAAUUUGCAAAACUUUAAGUUUUCAUAAACUUCUCGUGAACUUGUCCUUCACACCGGUACGUCUUCACUAGAACACCAUCAGCCAUGAAGGUAGAGGUUAGCUAUGCCAGAGGAGCCUGCUGAGCUGUAGCUUUGCCAUUUUACGUAUGUUAACGGUGAACCGGCUUCUACACAACAAUUUAUUUGCCGUUUGUGAUUU